CCAGGUGUCCCUCCCCUGGCGCGCAAAACCCACCGCGGGCGGCGCCGCAGGCGCCGCCAAUGGGGGGGGCCCACAAAGCCUGGGCUGAGACAGUGAGCAGGGCCACAAGUUUUUUUGUGACAAGAAAUGAUUAUUCUCCGCGUUCGCUGACCCGCCGGCGAGCGCCCAGGUGGACCCCAGCCUGGGCGCGCAGGAGGGAUCGAUGACACUCAGCACGUGUGCUAGCGCCAGGGUCUGCUUGUCCACCGAAGCCUUUCAGCACAGCUCAGGAUGCGCGCUGUCAGCAGAGCCGAAGUGGGUAAACACACCCUUGGGCUACCUCACGGAUCGCCGAGAGGAGGAAGCAUGCGCCACAAUCGAAUCGCCCUCUGGACGCGCCGGCGGCCGCCGCUUGGCGGUCGGCCGCGGGCGCAUCGGCAGCGAGGCUGCCGUCAGCAGAUGGGAAGCGACUCCGCAUGCACGGGGUGGAGGGGCGAGGAGGAGGAGGAGGAGGAGGAGGAGGAGGAGGAGGAGGAGGAGGAGGAGGUGGGGGGCAUGCAACACUCGGCCGACACUGACACUCGACGCCUGGCCAGGCCGACGUGGCCAGGCCAAAGGCGCCCCCCGCCCGGCGCCUGGGAGGAGGCGGCCGGGCACGGGCCUGGAAGACAGGCGGCCGCCCCGCUCUCGGCGAGGCGUCCGCGGCCGCCCCGCUGCCUCGGCGCAGCGGGGCGGUGGGACAGAGGCUGACGGCUCGCACGAGGGGGCGGUGGCGAGGCAGGGGACCCUUCCAGAGGGCCGGGGGGCGUCUCGGAGGCCCUCGGCAGAGAGGCUCCCCCCCCCAGGGGCCGCCGCCCCUAAGCGGAGAGGGGCGCCGCCCUGCUCUCCUGGGCCAAGUCUCCCUCGCCCUGCUCCCCCUCCCCAUCGCCUCCGAU